AUGCGUGCUCUGUAUGCAAUUUUAUUAUUGUUGAUUGUCAUUGCUGUCUUCGCUGAGGCACAACAAGCAAACGAGCCUGAACCAACUCUGGUUAGAGUCAAACGUCGUCGUCCUUACGGAUACGGCUUCCCAUACGGCAUGGGUGGAUUAGGCUAUCCUGGCAUGAUGGGUGGAUAUGGUGGAAUGGGCUAUCCUGGUAUGAUGGGUGGAUUUGGCUAUCCUGGCAUGAUGGGCCCAUGGGGAUGA